AUGCUCUCCACAAUCGCACCACAACCACCCACGCUACAAGAGCCUCUGUCUAAAGGCGAUCAUAUUCUUCCUUUAGAAUCUUACGAACCCUCGACCAUUGACGAGCUCGUUCGUCAGCGUGCAUCACUUGGAGCCGCACAACCCAUCAUUUCUUACCCGCGGACCGGCAUCGAAUAUGUGAACUAUCCACUGCAGCAACUGGAUGUCUUCGCAUUCCGCGUCUCCAAGGUGCUAUCAGACCGCAUUCCGCCUCGGAAGUCGUCAGCUGAAACUCCCAAAGUCAUCGCUUUACUGGGACCUUCAGAUCUCAACUACCUGGUGAUGCUGCUUUCACUGGCCAAAUUGAGUCACAGUGGACUGCUCUUAUCGACCAGGAUCUCCAUAGAUGCGUAUGUCUCCCUGCUGGAGAGAAUCGGAUCUCGACAUGUUUUCAUUCACAGCUCCUUCCGAGACACCGCCGAGGAAAUCAAGAAGCGAGUACCUGAGCUAGUCAUUGAUGAGAUUCCAACUGAGGAAAACUAUCACUAUCCCAUCACGGAAGAUGUCGACACGAAUCUGGUCCCGCAUCUCGAUCCGAAGAUUGAGUCCAAGCACAUUGCAUGGAUUAUACACUCCAGUGGAUCGACCGGACUUCCAAAACCUAUCUUUCAUACCCAAUCUGCUGCGCUGAAGAACUACUCUGGACACAUGAACAUGUCUGGGUUUGUCACUCUGCCACUUUAUCACAACCAUGGAAUCAGUUGUCUGUUCCGGACGAUUCACGCUAGCAAACAGCUGCACCUGUAUAAUGCCAAUCUCCCAUUGACAAGGCAGUACUUGCUCGAGAUCAUGGGGUCCAAUUCGUUUGAAGUUUUCUACGGUGUUCCCUAUGCGCUGAAACUGUUGGCUGAGACACGAGAGGGAAUAUCCGCUCUGGCUAAGCUAAAGGCUGUCAUGUUUGGAGGCUCCGCAUGCCCGGACUCUCUGGGUAACUUGCUGGUCGAAAAUGAUGUUCAUCUCAUCAGCCACUAUGGAUCAACUGAGACCGGCCAGCUCAUGAUGUCGACCAGGCCUCGUGACGACAAGGGAUGGGACUGGCUCCGUCCAUCUGACACCGUCAAGAAGUUUUUGCGAUUCGAAGAACGCUUCCCGGGUGUAUUUGAGCUCGUGUGUCUGGACGGCUGGCCUUCCAAGGUCAUGACCAACCGACCAGACGGCUCGUACGCCACCAAGGACCUGUUUGUCAAGCAUCCCACUAUGGAAGCAUACAAGUACUAUGCUCGGCUAGAUGAUACGAUCGUUCUAUACAACGGAGAGAAGGUCAACCCACUUGACCUGGAAGGACGAGUCCGACAGCGCAGCACUGUUGCCGAAGCCAUUGCAUUUGGAGCAGGCAAAGCCCACAUCGGGCUGGCUGUCAUCCGUGCCCCUGGCACCGAGUCACUCUCCGAUGAGGAUAUCAUUGACAGUAUUUGGCCAGCUGUUGAGAAGGCUCACGAGGCACUACCAGCGUUCGGACAGCUCUCAAAGAACAUGGUUCGAGUGUUGCCUGCGGACACUCCCUAUCCUCGGACUGAUAAGGGCACCAUCAUCCGGCAAGCAUUCUACAAGAACUUCCAGCCGCUGAUUGAAGAGGUUUACGCCGCUGUGGACGCCAUGACUGGCACGCUGGUUCUGUCUGAGCCUGAGCUGAGGGACUUCCUCAAGAAGCAGCUUCUCCAGAUUCUGCCCCUCAAGGAUUCCAAUCUGCUGACCGACGAUGCCGAUUUCUUCUCCCUGGGCAUGGACUCUCUGCAGGCCAGUCAGCUGCGUUCCAUACUCGUCCAGAACUUGGACACCAAGGGCUAUCAACUGGGACUUAACAUUGCCUUCGAGCAGCCCACUAUUUCCGUGCUCGCCCGUUAUCUAGCCGCUGUGCAGUCCGGAGAAGCCCUCCCAGAUUCUCAGCCAAUCCAUGAACAAAUGCGCGCUCUCAUCUCCCAAUUCAGCCACUUUGAACGACACGUUCCCCAUUCUAAUGAGCUUCCUGGUCGUUAUGUUGUCCUCACCGGUGCCACUGGCUCCCUAGGCAGCCACAUCGCGCACCAACUCGCACAGAACCCUUCCGUGAAUAAAGUCUACUGCCUCAUCCGCGCCUCGUCCCCAAUUGAAGCCUACAAGCGCCUCCACGAUGCCCUACACACCCGGCACAUCUACAGCCCCCUCCCUUCUUCCUCGAAAGCCAAGCUCAUCGCCCUCCCCGCCCCAACCCUAUCCCAUCCAACUCUCUCCCUCCCCGAGGAAUCCUACAACACCCUCCUCAACGAAACCACCGACAUCAUCCACUGCGCCUGGCCCGUCAACUUCAACCUCCAGCUCAGCAGCUUGGCACAAGACACCCUCCCCACCCUACACAAUCUCCUCUCUCUAGCCCUGAAAGCCCAGCGCCCCGAGCCCGCAACCUUCAACUUCUGCUCCUCCGUCAGCAGCGUCGUCAACAGCACCGUCUCCCCCAUCCCCGAAACCCUCCCUGAGUCCCUCACCGCUGCACAAUCAAUGGGUUAUGCCCAAUCUAAGCUCAUCGCAGAACAUAUCUGUGCCAACGCCACGCCCUACCUUGAUGCGCGAGUCCUCCGUAUCGGGCAGAUCAUCGGCGAUACGAAGCACGGAGUGUGGAAUGCCACGGAGGCGAUUCCGCUGAUGCUUCGGGCGGCGGUUACAGUGGGGGCGUUGCCGAGGUUGGAUGAGAGGAUGCGGUGGGUGCCGGUUGAUGUUGUUGCUGCAGCUGUGAUGGAUAUUACUCUUCACAAGGAGGAGCAAGGGCUGGAAAGGAAGAAGGGGGUGGAUGAUGUGGAAGUGUAUAACAUCUUAAACCCGUACAACUUCCAUUGGACAAAGGAUUUGCUUCCUGCUCUAAGGGCGGCCGGGUUGGAAUUCGAGGAUAUGGAGUUCGCGGAGUGGAUUAAGCGGGUUAGGGAUGUGGCGGACCCAGAGAGGAACCCGCCUGUUAAGUUGGUGGGGUUCUGGGAGGGGAAGUAUGGAAGUGCGAAGCCAUUUAGGGGAUUGGAGUUUGUCACGGAGAAGGCGAGGGAGAGGGCUGAGGGGUUGAGGGGGUUGAGUGUGGAAGGGUUGGAGCGGGGACUGGUGGGCAAGAUGGUGGAGUGGUUCAGGGAGGUUGCGUGGGUUUGA